AAAUAAAGUAAAAACAUCCAUUCAGCUCUGCAUUCUCACAUACAUUUCCUGAAAGAAAAACAGUCCGUACCUACACAAAACACACGAUAGAAAGAGUGCAAGCUACCAGUUUAGCAAGAUUUGUUAAAAUGACACAUCUCUUAGGACGUCAGGACUGCGUUGAAAGUCUUCGGAGAGAUCUAAUAGAUCUUCAAGGCACUGUUGUUGAUAUCUUCUCUCGGACUGGGCCAGUUCGAUUCCCAUCCUGGAAGUUCCCAGAUAAGCUGUCGUGCAAUCUGGACCUUGUGUCAUUGUUGGAACAAUACGACUAUGUUGAUGGAGAGGAGGAUUUUAAUCAGCAUUCUCACAUUGUUUUGAUGGAGUUAGUAAUUGACAGGUAA